AUGGGCGACUUACUAGGAGGUGGUGCUGACGAUAUUGACUUUGACGCUGCCGCCUCGGCAUUUCCCGACAUCUCACUCGACGGUACUGGUGACAUUCCGCUGUCAACGAGCGGCGGCGGUGGCGGAUUCGACAUUGACUCGUUCGAUCCUGAGCCUAUUUCACACGAUGUUGCUGUGACUGGAGACGAGGACGGCGUGAUUGAGAAAUUCGAGAGCGAGUUCCCGGAGCUCGAGGAAACUCCCGCUCUCCCGCCCGUUAUUCAGCAGCAGUCAUCGUUUGGUGCACCCUCGACGCCGUUUGCGCCCAGGCCACAGGCAUCAGCGAACCCAACGCCCUUCUUAGCUCAAGCGGUUCAAGAGGAGGAGCCUGAGGUUAUCAGGGAGUGGAGGGAGCGUCAGCAGGAGGAGAUAGCGAAGCGGGAUGAGGAAUCGAAGGCUCGCCGCCAGGAAACGAUCUCCAAAGCCGAGCGUGCUCUCGACAACUUCUACGAGGAGUAUACGGCAAAGCGCAAGGCACAGAUUGCUCAAAACAAGGACGACGAAGCUGCCUUCAUCUCUGAUCUCACCGAAUCGCUUGCUCAGGGCACGACCUGGGAUCGUAUCUGCAAGCUGAUUGAGCUGAAGGACUCGCAGUCGAAGACUCUCGCGCGCGCCGGUCCUGGAACGACCGAGCUCCUUCGCUUCCGUGAGGUCCUCCUCCGCCUUCGGCGGGAGGGUGAGAGCGCCCCUGGUGCUGCUGGAUAUUAA